UCAAAUCGACGAGUUUUGUAACCGUAAGAGAUGGCUGGCACGAGCGAAAACACUUGAAAAUCCUUGUCGUCACCGUCCACCGAUCCAGCCAACCCAGCCGAGUGCCACCCACUCCACGGCGCCGAGAAUGCAAAGUGCGCCGUGAGGGCACGGCCGAUGCCAGGAAACUAAUGAGAAACCCGCCAACAAGGGCAAGGCACCAACUUAACUAAUCAGAGUCUCCAAAGGCCAAACCUCUAUGUUUCCAUUAUCACACACUCCCCGUACGUUGAGUGCCACAGCUAUCUAUAUAUGAGAUCCGCCGGCGCCUGGCCCCUCGUGUCCAUCCUCCUGGACUUUCUUCGAGGCUCCCCGGCCGGGCCAUGGCGAACGGCGCCACUGCUGCCAUGGGCAUGGUCCUCGCGUUCGUGGCCGUGGCCGCGCUCUGUUGCGCGCCGGGCGCCGCGGAGUUGCCCCGGCUGGAGCACCACCGGGCCAACAACGACGGCGGGUCGCUGAAGCUGCUCGUCGUCGGGGACUGGGGACGCAAGGGAACUCACAACCAGUCCCGGGUCGCCGAGCAGAUGGGAAGGGUUGGGGAGAAUCUCGGCAUCGACUUUGUUAUUUCCACCGGGGACAACUUCUACAAGAACGGCCUCAAGGGCGUGCAUGAUCACGCAUUUGAAGAAUCGUUCACGGAUAUCUACACCGCUAAAAGCUUACAGAAACCAUGGUACUUAGUUCUAGGAAAUCAUGAUUACAGGGGCAAUGCACUCGCACAGCUUAGCCCAGUCUUGAGAAAGAUCGACGACCGAUUCAUUUGCAUGAGAUCAUUCAUCGUUAACACAGAACUUGCGGAUUUUUUCUUUGUCGACACCACUCCAUUCCAACUGGAGUAUUGGACUCACCGUGGCAAGCAUCAUUAUGACUGGAGAGGGGUGGCACCUCGAGGCAAAUACAUAGCCAAUUUGCUGAAGGAUCUGGACGAGGCUAUGAAGAAAUCAACUGCAAGGUGGAAGAUUGUUGUUGGGCAUCACACUAUGAGGAGUGUCAGUGAGCAUGGUGACACCGAGGAGCUUCUGAAACUACUACUUCCAGUCCUCAAGGACAAUAGCGUCGACUUCUACAUCAAUGGGCAUGAUCACUGCCUGGAACACAUUAGCAGCAGAGACAGUCCGCUCCAGUAUUUCACGAGCGGAGGCGGUUCGAAGGCAUGGAGAGGAAUCUUGCGUCCAAACAAGGACAAGCUCCGGUUCUUCUACGAUGGGCAAGGGUUCAUGUCCCUCCAGCUGAACCAAGACCAGGCUCAGUUCAUCUUUUACGACGUUUUCGGCAACACACUGUACCAGUGGAGCUCAAGCAAAACCAGACAUCCCAAGCCCUCCACCUAUCUCGAUGAGGAAUAAAUUGGAUUGGUUUUGCGCUCUUGAUUUGCACAAAACGUCGCCGUCAUAUCUUUGUCAAAGGCUGAGGCUAUCGAUCCGUCAUGAGAUUGCAGAGAUUGGGACGGAUCAUGAAAAGGGGAGCACGGAGCAGGAGGGAAGGAAGGCGUCCGGUUUCAGACAUUUCUAGAUGUAGUAGGUCCGAUCCUAACGGAUCAGAUCACUUCCCGUCUGUAUUGCCCAACAUCCUGUUGGAAGCUUGUGCCGGCCUUGCAAGCAAGACUUUCUUGCUCCUAAGCAAUUUGCUUUCAAUCCUGAUCGUCAGAGCCUUCGUACAGGAAUGUAAGGGCGUGUUUGGAUGGUACCUAGCCUGGCUCGUCCAGCCAGCCAGGCUCAGCAUGGCCAGGCCGGCAGCAUGCAAAUGUUGCUUGUUUGGUUACUUGCAUGUACCCAGCCAGGCUAGUAGAAGAUAUUGUUUGGUUGGUUGCAUAUGCAUUAUGAUUUAAAAAAGAGAUGCAUGGAGUGUGUUUGGUUGGCUGCAUAGAAUAAGUUCCAGUUACCUCUUGCAAGAAGUGGUAACAUUACCACCAA